AUGCCUACUUCGAAUGGGUAUACCCAGUCCCAAACUGGAGCUCUCCUUUCUUCGUUCUCGGAUCUGGAGGACUUGACUGGUUUUAUCAUCAAGAAAUCGCAGUACUCUGCCAGCUCUGGGGGUUAUGCUGAUAUCUGGGUAGCUAACAGCACGCGUGCGGUGAAUGGGAGGCCAGCAGGACAGAAGCUCGCGGUCAAAGUUAUACGGUCAUUUACUGACAACCAAUGUGAUUACAUGAAGAAGCUAGACAAGCGGUUGUGGCGGGAGGUCAUCAUCUGGAAGGAACUCGAGCACAAGAACAUCCUUCCUCUGCUCGGCGUCGUCCGAGGCUUCGGCCCUUAUGUUUCGAUGGUGUGUCCUUGGAUGGCGAAGGGGAGCUUGACGCAGUACCUGGGCCGCCAGGGCUCUGAGCUGAGCCAUCAACGGCGUUUGCAGAUCAUUCGAGAGGUCGCCUCCGGUUUAACUUACCUCCACUCAAAGGAUGUCAUCCACGGAGACCUAUCAGGCUCCAACAUUUUAUUGGAUGAUGCAGAGCGUGUUUGUAUCAGCGACUUCGGGUUGGCGACUAUAGUGGCACAGUUUCGUGGUACAUCGUUGGAUUCGUCGACAGUCAGCGGCGCCAUUCGGUGGAUGGCCCCCGAGUGUGUGUUCGGCCCUGGCCCGACUACGCCAAAUUCUGAUGUCUAUUCCUUUGGUAGUAUCAUGUAUCAGGUAUUCACUAGCCAAAUUCCAUACGUCGGUACCAAGGAAGUGCAUAUCAUACUCCUUCUAGAUGAAGGUCGAUAUCCUGAACGUCCGUCGUCAUCCUGUAUCUCUGAGCCCUAUUGGGACAUCAUCAGCAAAUGCUGGAAUCGAAAUCCCUCCAAGCGACCAUCCAUGAAGUCAACGAGAGCAAGCUUACGUCGACUGCGUAAGUCUCCCGUAUACUCGAUGGACACGCCAACCUCCCAGAUUCCUUCAGUUGGCCGAGCACGCGAACACGUCCCAUUCUUCUCAAAUGGUUGUUCGUACGCAAAACAGCAGCUCCCCGACCAGAAUUACGAACACAGGUACGCAGCCGCUGCGUAUUCGACCCCGCUCCCCUACCUCAAGCUUGAAAUCCCGUCAUCCUCUCCGCCAUUCCACCACCUGGCCUCCGCUGGAGCACCCAAAGCCGAUUCCAGUCCUCUUCACACCCCAACCUAG